UUUCUUUUUCUUCAAUUAAAUCCCAAAUUAGCAACAAAAAAAAUGGCAAGUCAUGCUUUGGUGCCUGCAUCAACAACUCGCGGUAUGAAGCCUACUCAACAGGCAAUGGCUAAGCGAGAACGCCCCGUUUUCUCCUUGUCUGAUGAUCAUGCUAUGUCUAAGAAAAUCCUGGAUACUCAUAAUCCUGAUGGUCGUGAAGUUGAUGUUAAUGUCAUUCUCCACAUUGCUGAGGAGGUGUUUCAACAUGCCUAUCCUGCUGGCAUGGAUGGCGUGCUUCAUGGCGCGGGAGCUCAUCAUCUUGAAGGUAAUAUUGAAGCAUUGAAGUUGGAAGAGAAGGCCUCACUUGCCUUUGAUGGCAUACUCGAAGGAUUGGCUUAUAUCAUACACAAAGUCUCUUGCGAGUUAACAUGCAAGUGCUCAAGUGGAGGUCAUGAUACACAUUCAACAACAAUGUCAGUCUUAGGGAUGCUCUCUGGCUACCAAUGGGACGCAAAACUAGUCAUAUCUUUAGCAGCAUUUGCCGUUACCUAUGGUGAAUUCUGGCUGGUGGCUCAGAUGUUUGCCACUCAUCCCUUGGCCAAAUCUGUGGCCAUCUUAAAACAACUGCCAGAUAUCAUGGAACAUCAUGGUAGCCUCAGGUCUCGAUUCGAUGCUAUCAAUGAACUCAUCAAAGCCAUUUUGGAAGUAACCAAAAUCAUAAUCGAAUUCAAGAAGCUUCCUUCUCAGUACAUACGUGAAGAUCAACCACCUUUGUCUGUCGCGAUUACUCACAUUCCUACUGCUGUUUAUUGGACUAUUAAAAGUAUUGUUGCUUGUGCUUCCCAACUUACUACCCUUCUUGGAAUGAGCUAUGACAUGAUAGUAGCAACGACAGCAGACACAUGGGAAAUGUCAAGUUCCACACACAAGCUGAGAAAUAUAAGCGAACACCUCAGAGCUGAAUUAAACCGUUGCUAUCAGCAUAUUCAGGACAAGAUGCACGUCGAGUACUUCCAAAUGCUGGUGCACCUCUUUGAGGCAACACAAUUCGACAACAUGAAGAUAAUGAGGGCGAUGAUUUAUAUCAAGGAUGAUUUACUUCCACUUGAAGUCGGAACCACUCACACGAGGGCUAGUGUUGAAGUGCUAAGAAGAAAGACUGUUCUACUGCUGCUGUCAGAUCUUGAGGCUAGCCAUGAGGAGAUAUUAGUACUGUCUCAAAUUUACCUUGAGUCAAGGUCAAGGCCAGAAUUUCAAUACGAAAUAGUGUGGCUUCCAAUUGUGGAUCGAUCAAAGGGAUGGAAUGACGUGCAGGAAGAAAAAUUUAAGGAGUUGCAAGCACUUAUGCCGUGGUACACAUUGCACCAUCCAUCCUUGUUAGAGCCAGCAAUCGUCAAGUUCGUCAAAGAAAAGUGGCAUUUCUCCAAGAAAAUGAUGCUUGUAACCUUGGAUCCACAACAGGGCAAAGUUGCCUGUCCCAAUGCUAUUCACAUGGCUUGGAUUUGGGGAAAUUUGGCCUAUCCCUUCACUAUUUCAAAAGAGGAAUCUCUCUGGAAUAUGGAAUCUUGGAGACUUGAGCUCGUUGUUGAUGGCAUUGAUCCCAACUUAAUCGAUUGGAUGGCAAGUGGUAAGUUUAUCUGUUUAUAUGGAGGAGAAGACAUGGAUUGGAUCCGUAAUUUCACAAAAUCAGCACGAAGCGUGGCACAGAGAGCUGGGAUCGACCUACAAAUGUUAUAUGUAGGAAAGAGCAACAACAAGGAGAGAGUUAGAAGGAUCAACAGCAUGAUAACCGCGGAAAAUUUGAGUUACUGCUUGAUGGACUUAACAUCAGUUUGGUACUUCUGGACAAGAAUUGAGAGCAUGUUCUACUCAAAAAUGCAGCUAGGGAAAACCAUCCAAGAGGAUAAAGUUAUGCAAGAAGUGUUGACAAUGCUGAGCUUUGAUGGAAGUGAUCAAGGAUGGGCACUCAUAAGCAGGGGAUCAUUCGAGAUGGCUCGAGCUAAAAGUCAGAUAAUUACCAAGACAUUGGAAGACUACACAAUUUGGGAAGAAGACGCAAGAUCUAAAGGAUUUGUGCCAGCACUUAUUGAAUAUUUCUUGCAAUUGCACACUCCUCAGCAUUGCAAUCGCUUAAUUCUUCCAGGACUUGAUGGCGAUAUCCCUGAAAUGAUUGUUUGCGCUGAAUGUGGAAGGGCAAUGGAGAGGUUCUUCAUGUACCGUUGCUGCACUGAUUGAGCUGCUUUCUUCUAUUGCUUGCUUUGGUUUUCUAUGUUUUUCUUGUCUAAAAUAAUUGGUUGGUCUUUUGUACCACUUUAGGUUUUUUUAUUAUUAUGUUGUAAUGUCUGGCUAUCAAAGGAUUCCAUGUCUUUGAUCUGCUCUAGACUACUAUUUGAGUGUGUAAUAAUUUAUAGGUAAUGAAAUUGAGGGCAC